AUGUCGAACGCUUUGCUAUUGCGACUUUUUACAUCCGAGUUUUUCAACUCAUGGAUCGCUGUCUCGUAUCUCUUUCGCUAUCCAGACAAUGUUGGCAUCCAGCACUAUCUUUGCAGUGAACUGAAAAAGUUUCCCAUAUCUGAAGUCGAGUUUUUCUUGCCACAGCUCAUGCAUCUUCUUAUAAGUCGACCCACUGAAUCAGUUGCACUCGAAUGUUUCUUGGUGGAAAUGUGUGAAAAAUCAACGCAUAUGGCAAUCAUGAGUCUUUGGUAUUUACAAGCUUACCUUUCAGACUUAUCGGCUACACCAUCGAGCUCAUCCUUUGAGUUGUGCAAGCGGGUGCUGAACAAAUGCCAGGCGAUUGUGUUUUCUGAUACAACGACGACGACAACGACCACGACUGCUGCUGCUGCUGCUGAAGAAGAAGAUACCACGUCUCAACAUGGAGGAGCAUCAUCCACGUCACUGAAUGUUGGAAUGUCUACACAUCGAGUACGGGAGAAUGUGGUGCCAGCUGUUGUGGGCAUUGGAGCCAUGUUGGCAGGUAUUGGACAACCAUUAAUGACACGACCAGCGGGAGAUAUUGCUAUUGCCCAAGGGCGGAGAACACGAGUACUCAGCAUCAGCUCAUCCAACGCACCUGCAUUGGCUCGACGUAAUACAUUGAGUGGACCAUCAACGACAUCACCAAGACCUGAUCAUGAGGAUGAGGAUGAACAUGAUGGCAAUGAUCAAGAGGAGACGAGAGCAGUGUCAACAUCAUCCGAUAUUGUAUCACCUAUGCCUCAUUACAGCCAUCUCAAGCACGACUCGCCGUAUCAUUCAGUUUCACAACCAGAUCUGCCCAUCGCUAAACGCCGAUCAGCGUACCUGAACUUGUUUGCCAGCUCUCCCUCGCUCGAAGAUCUUCAUCGUGGCAAGGCAUUUUCAGUCUCCAGAUACAUCAAAUCAGCCCAUCAGAAACUUAAUCGCAAAAUCAGACCUUCUUCAACUCCUUCCAACAAGGCAUUAUCAGCUGUCUUUGAUCCAAAAUUGACUGCCAUGGGUCAAUCCACAGUGCCAACCAACUCAGCACCCCAAUCACCCGCUUUAUCCCAAUUCUCAGAAUCAUCAUCAGAGGAUCCAUUCAACAACAAGAAAGCAAGUGUCCCAAGGAUAUCCACAACUUCCACCAGUGCAGCAACAGCAUCCUCGUCGGAUAAUGAUGAAGAACAUGAGGAGCAUGAGGAGUCAUCCGAUGAUGAAGAAUAUUCAGCUCUCUCCCAGUUGAGUCGUGAUCAUCGUCGAUCCUUGCUGCGUUCCAAUUAUUUUCGAUCCGAGAUGCAAUUCCUUUUGGCUUUGGUGGAUAUCGCUACUCGUUUGGUCAUUGUUCCCAAACAAGCUCGUACAAGUGCAUUGAACGCCGAAUUGACAUUGCUCAAUCACAACUUGCCUGCCGAGAUUUGUAUUCCACUUUGGUGUCCUGCCACUGCUGAAAAACCUCAUCAUCAUCGUGUCGUAAGAAUUAGUCCAUCGGAUGCUGUCGUACUCAAUUCAGCUGAACGUGCACCUUAUUUAUUGAUGAUUGAGGUCUUGGAUGAUGAAUUGAGCUUUGAUGAUGAUUACAUUUCUGCAUUGCAUCGUAUGCGCCGAUUGAAACGUGCAAGUCUCAAAAAGAAAAAGAAACAGCAACAGCAGCAAUUACCACAACGUGUUGGAUCUCCAUUGAGCAUUGUGUCUUCUCCAAGAUCACCUGAAGAUGAAACGAUUGAUAUUGCAGAAUCCCUUGGUAGUCCUUCUGGAUCGAUCAUGGCAGGUGUGACGGAUUCAAUUGCCACCACGGGGGAUGGUUUGGGUAUCAACAAGCAAAGUUUGGAUGAGUAUGAUCAACAAUCGAUUCGAUCACCAACCACGCCUGAAGCAUCAUCAUCAUCAUCACCUGUUCCUGUUGCACCAUCGGCACGUUCUUCCAACGAGCAAUCAUUGCAAUUACAACCCACACCACGUGACCGGCGUUCCGAAUUCUCAGCAGGUGUCUAUGCAGAACGAAUGCGUACAGCAGCUAUCAUGUUGGCCCAAUUGCAACAAAAUGCCCAUACAGCAAGCCCAGCCCCUGGCAAAGGCAACACGCCAUCAGCCAAGUCGAGACAAAAUACAGAGGAAAUUCGUCAACGGAUUAUCAAAGAGAUGAUGGCCCUUGAGGAACAACGCAUGGCAGCCAUGAAGAAUGGUGAUGUUAGCAGUGGUGUUGUAGAAGGAGGAGGACCUAGCCCUGGAACCACAGCAGCAGCAGGUGCAGCAGCUGGAGAGAUUAUUGAAGAUGAACAACUCGUACAAUGGGUGGUUGAUAAGGAUGAUCCAAGUGCGGCUGUGUUUUCCGAAGAUUGGGAGGUGAAAAAGGCAAGGAUUCGAGCAUCAUCACCCUAUGGACAUCUUCCCAAUUGGCGACUAUUAUCAGUCAUUGUGAAGCAUGGAUCCGAUUUACGACAAGAGCAAUUUGCAGUCCAAUUGAUACGUGAAAUGCAAAGGAUUUGGGAAGACACUGGUGUAGAUGUCUGGGUGAAAUAUUUCCGAGUGUUGGUGACAUCUGACAGCUCAGGAUUGAUUGAGACGAUUCGAAAUACUAUUUCCAUUCACUCCAUCAAAAAGGAAGCAUAUACCCGGGGGUGGAAUACCAAAGGCACUGUAUAUACUCUUGGCGAGUACUAUGAAAGGCACUUUGGCCCACCUACAUCUGACGAGUACAUAAAGGCGCAGGACGCGUUUAUGAGAAGCUUGGCUGGAUACUCGAUCGCAUGUUAUAUCUUACAAAUCAAAGAUCGACACAACGGCAACAUUCUCAUUGACAACGAGGGUCACCUGAUUCACAUUGACUUUGGAUUCUUCCUCUCCAAUUCCCCUGGAUCUGUUGGCUUUGAAAUGGCGCCCUUCAAGCUUCCCCAAGAAUACAUUGACUUGAUGGGUGGUGUCCAUGGCGAGAAGUUUGCAGAAUACAAGGCAUUGAUGAAGGCGGCUUUCCUUGCUGUACGAAAACAUUGCGAGAACAUCAUCUUAUUGGUAGAGAUGAUGUGCAAGGACAACAAACUACCAUGCUUCCAAAACGGCGAACAGACCGUGCAGCAGCUUAGAGAUCGUUUCCAUUUACAACUGACGGAGCCUCAGGCAGAAGAAUUUGUUGACAAGAUGAUUAUGAGCAGCUGCUGCAAUGUGUUUACACGCCUUUACGACACUUAUCAAUAUUACUCCCAGGGAAUCCUCUAA